GUUUAUUUUUUUACCAGAUACUUCUACAUAUUCUGGAUUUUAGAAAUGGCCUGCGUAAUGGAGAGUUGAGCUUGAAAUCUUCUCUUUGUCUGUUAGUCUGCAGUCUGCACUUUUUGCGGGUGAUGGUUUCUGUUUUUUGAGUUGUGGUUUGAGUUUGAAUUUAAGGUUAUCAAUUUAAUGAUUGAUAGUGAAUUCUACAAUUUGCUGCAAAAUCAAUUGCGAUUGGUUUUGGUGUUUGGCGCAUUAUUGGGAGGGAAGAAGCUCUCUUCCUUCUUUCCUGCCUCUCUCACCAGCCACAAAGACCAUAAGGUUCUGAUUCCCUUUGAUGUCUCGUAAGUUGGACAGCCCAGUUCAGACCCAAAUGGCAGUGGCAGUCUUUAAGAGUCCUCUCAGUGGGGAAUAUCACGGGAGCAGGAAAAUUGAAGGGAAACAACCUGCUGGGAGGAGACGGGUUUUUGUCCAAACUGAGACCGGAUGUGUCUUGGGGAUGGAAUUGGAUCGUGGUGACAAUGCACAUACAGUGAAGAGGAGGUUGCAGCUUGCUCUUAAUGUGCCCACUGAUGAGAGUUCCUUGACUUUUGGGGAUAUGGUGCUGAAAAAUGAUCUUAGUGCUGUUCGUAAUGAUUCGCCUCUUCUCUUAACUCGGAACUUUCUACAUAGAAGCUCAUCUACUCCCUGUCUUUCGCCGACUGGCAAAGAUGUCCAACAAAGGGACCAGAGUGGUCUUAUUGAGAUUUUAGGACAGUCAAAUAGCUUUGCUAAAAUGAAACAAAUGGUCAAGGAAAGUGUCAAGGCGAUCAAGAUGGGCGUUGAUCCAAUUCCUGUUCAUAGCGGGCUUGGAGGUGCAUACUAUUUUAGGAACAGCAGAGGUGAGAGUGUAGGAAUUGUUAAGCCAACAGAUGAAGAACCUUUUGCACCCAACAACCCGAAAGGCUUUGUUGGUAAAGCCCUUGGGCAGCCUGGUCUAAAACGUUCUGUUCGGGUUGGGGAAACAGGGUUCAGGGAAGUUGCUGCUUACCUUCUGGACUAUGAUCACUUUGCAAAUGUUCCACCUACUGCAUUGGUGAAGAUCACUCACUCAAUCUUCAAUGUGAAUGAUGGGGUUAAUGGCAACAAACCUCACAAGAAGAAGCAGGUUAGCAAGAUUGCAUCUUUCCAACAGUUCAUACCGCAUGAUUUUGAUGCAAGUGAUCAUGGGACAUCGAGCUUCCCUGUUUCAGCUGUGCAUCGUAUUGGAAUAUUAGAUAUUAGAAUUUUUAACACGGACAGGCAUGGUGGAAACCUUUUGGUGAGGAAGCUUGAUGGUGUAGGGAGAUUUGGGCAGGUGGAAUUGAUUCCAAUUGAUCAUGGUCUUUGCUUGCCGGAAACAUUGGAGGACCCGUACUUUGAGUGGAUCCAUUGGCCACAGGCUUCAAUCCCAUUCUCAGAGGAUGAGCUUGAGUAUAUAGAAAAACUUGAUCCCAGCAAGGAUUGUGAUAUGCUGCGAAUGGAGCUCCCUAUGAUUCGAGAGGCAUGCUUAAGGGUCUUGGUUCUCUGUACAAUUUUCCUCAAGGAAGCUGCUGCUGCAGGUCUCUGUCUAGCAGAAAUUGGUGAGAUGAUGAGCAGGGAAUUUCGUGCUGGUGAGGAGGAACCCAGUGAACUUGAGGUUGUAUGUAUUGAGGCAAGGAGGUUAAUUGCAGAGAGGGAGGAGUUUUCUCCUCGGACUGAUUUGGGAGAUGAGGAAUUCCAAUUUGAUAUAGACUGUGAUGAAACAGAAUAUGACUUCACUCCAAAGAUAAUGGAAGAGUACACAACUAGAACCCCUUUCCAAUUUGGGUCUGGAGCCCGUUUCCCUCUUUCAAAACUGGAGGAAAGCAUAGAGGAGGAGGAAGAGGAAGAGGAACAGGAGGAAGAAGAGGAGGGAAGCACGGAGGAUGGAGGAGGCAAAAAGGGGUUUUCUGUUCUAACCUUGCCUGAAAGAUCUCCAACCAUGUCAAAGCUUUCUAUGUCGCUUAAGAAUAUCUCAUUAGGUGACAAGAAACAGAAAUGCCAGAAUUUUUCAGGCGCCAAACAAGAAAAUGGUUAUUUUUCCAACACAUCUUCUGGGCAUAGAAGUGCCAAUGAACAGCUUCCUGCAAGUGCGACUUUUGUGAAGCUGGCUGACAUGAGCGAGGAAGAAUGGAGUCUGUUUUUGGAAAAAUUUCAGGAACUGCUGCACCCGGCAUUUGCCAAACGCAAGUCUGUUACCUUUAGUCAGAGGCAGAGACAGAGGCUUGGUACCUCGUGCCAGUUUUGAAUUUGAGAUGAAGAAAAUAAGACUUCUAGGGUUUGUGGGAGUUAUCAAUGACUAGGAUUAGAUAUCAGUAAAAGAGUUUUCUCACUGGAAGGUGUUGUAGUUGGGAUGGACAGUAAGUAGGAGCAACCACUGUAAAUAGUCGUGGCAUUAGCUAAGUGAGGACUGAGGAGCUAAGUAGAAUCGUUUGUAUUUCUUCCCUUCUUUUUUUUUUUGUUUUUGGUUUUUACGUUUUUGCUUUCAUUUUUUCUUUUCCCUUCACUCCUUAUGGACCUGUUUGAUAAAUAAUUUCUAGACUGAAAAUCCUUGAAGAGAAAAAAGAAAAAGAAAGGAUUGUUGUGUAAAUGGUGACAUCUUAUCCUGGGGGCUUUUUUUUCAACUUUCUUUGGAUCAAAUUAUUCAUCUGUUUUGUUCUUUGUGUGUGUGUUUAAUGAUUCUAUUGAGUUUGUCUGCAAUUGUGUUUAAUGCAUCAUUGCUUCAAGUUCUACAAUUUAUCGAGACAGGAACUACCGGUGGGCAGUCGGACAGGGGGUUGGAUUGCCGGCGGAGUUUGGUGAUCAAUCAUGCAUGGAAAUUGGCAAGAAGAGGGUAAUUGUUUGUUUCCUGCGAAAAUAUAAGAGGAUGUCAGCUUCAGACUAUUACGGAUAAUCCAUGACGUCUUCUGUUAUAAAACAUCUGUCUGCCGUCCACAGAUUAUUCGGUUACCCAUUUUUAUUUUUUUUUCUUUUGUUGGCUGUGUGUUUGCGGGAUACUAUUAGUUAUUAUUAAUUUUGAUUUGGAAAA